AAGCCCAGUUUACAAUAUACAUUAAAUGUAAUAAGACCAGACCAUAGAAUAAAAAAAAAAUUAAGUGUGCAACAAUAUUUAAUUUAAAUAAUAAUUAUGAAUAAAUUCACCAUUUUUAUUUGCACAGUUGCCAUAAUUGGCACUGCCAUCGCACAAGAAUAUGAUUUUGAAUCAUCAGCUCCAAGACGUCCAGCCCCACCUCGCGUUACACCAGGUUACUCAGGCAGUGUUGAUGUAAAACCAACUCCUGUACCAAUUCUAAAACAAAUCAACCGACAUAAUGAAGAUGGUUCAUACACCUAUGGCUACGAAGGUGCUGAUGGUUCUUUCAAAAUUGAAACAAAAUUAACCAAUGGUGAAGUUAAAGGAAAAUAUGGUUAUGUAGACUCAAAUGGAAAAGUUCGUGUUGUUGAAUACGGUGCAAAUAAAUAUGGUUUCCAACCAGCUGGGGAAGGCAUCACAGUUGCACCACCUACCUUAGUUGAUGAAAGCACCGACAAAAAUGGUCUUCCAUUAGAAGAAGAUGAUGGUAGUUACUAUCAACCAGCUCCACAACAAGCUCCAGCUAGACAUACCGUUGCUAAGGCUCAACGACCACGUCCUCAAGCCCCACAACCUUCAUAUCAAGAUUUCUCUGUACCUCAACACAACGAAGCUCCAGCACCACGACGUCCAAUUGCCAUUCCUGGAGCAGCUCCAUCUGGUGUUGUUUACUCAGAAAAACCCCAAUUUUCACGCCCAGCACCACAACCACAACCACAACAUUUUGCCCCAGCACGCCCAGCUCCACAACCUCAACAUUUUGCUCCAGCACGCCCAGCUUACACAGCCCCACAAGCACCACAAAGAUUUGCACCACAAUAUUCUAGACCACAAUUUGAAGAACCAGCUCCAGUUCGUCAGCAAUUCGACGAAGAUUUCCCACAACCAGAAAGACAACAAUAUAUUUCCCGGCCACAACCUCAACGUCAACAACAACCAAUUCAAUUUGCUCCAAUUCAACAAAGACCGUCUGCAGGCGCCCGUAGCGGAAGUAUUUUAGAUCAAUUAAUGCAAGAUUAUGCAUUACCAAGUAACGGUGCUCCAGCACUCCAUGAUAUCACUUUUGGAACCCAAAACUAUUAAAUUUUAAUUUAGAUUUUUAAAUUUCCAUAACAAAAUGUUUUUUCAAAU